UGGAAUUAUGGGCGGACUGUGAUGACCUAUCACGGGAAAGAAGUUAUUGAAGAUGUAGAUGAGGUAGGGGGUAUGACUAGGUCAGGAAGAUGCUUCGUGCCUGAAAGCUUAAGAAAAUCCAAGCCAACGUUGAGUGGACCGUCGUCUAUCAAAAAGCCUAUCACUGAAGAAGAAGCCAAAGAAUUUUUGAAAAAGAUGAAAUUGCCAGAGUAUUCAAUAUUAGACCAGCUGAAGAAAACCCCUGCUCAAAUUUCCCUUUUAUCUUUGUUGUUGCACUCCAAGGAGCAUCGUGAUGUUUUAUUGAAGGUGUUAAAUGAAGCAUAUGUCCCAAGGGAGGUUACAAUCAACCAUCUUGAGAAAAUGGUUGGAAAAAUCUUUGAGGUCAAUCGGAUCAGCUUUUCGGAUGAUGAAUUGCCUGAUGAAGAUUUCAUUGGCGAAAUAGAACUAAUGUUGACCAUAGGUCCUGAUGAGUUCGCCAUAGAGUUUCAAGUAUUGAAUGUAGAAUCCUCUUAUAAUCUGUUGUUGGGAAGGCCAUGGAUCCACAAGGCCAAGGCGGUUGCAUCUACGCUGCACCAGAUGAUUAAGUUUGAGCAUGACAGGCAAGAAGUAGUUAUUCAUGGUGAAGGAGAUUUGUCAGCCUACGAAGAUUCUCCCUUGUCUCUUAUUGAAGCAAAUAACGUAGAAGAGACAUUCGUCUAUCAAAUUUUUGAUACAGUGCCAGUGAGUCGUAUCCCUGAAUGGCAGGCUAUACUGGGACCACAAUUGUCUUCUGCUUCUAUCAUGAUGGUGAGUGAACUUUGGAAAUACGGAUUUGAGCCAGGAAAAGGUUUGGGAGCAUCUCUGCACGGUAUAGUUCAUCCCAUAUAUCUGAGUGAGAACGUGAGCACGUUUGGUCUGGGAUUUGAGCCUACAGCUGAAGAUCUGAAGAAAGCCAAGGGAAGGAAAAAGGAAACAUGGUCACUCCCUCGCCCAAUUCCACUACUCAGUGAGUCAUUUGUUAAGAGCGGUGUCACGAAGCAUGUGGAAUUUGAAGUUGAAUUGGUUGAUGACUUCCAGAACCUUUUUAUUGAAGUUGAUAUGGUCGAAGCAGGAGAAGGUACCAGUAUGGCAGACGCGCAAUUCAUAGCUCCAGCUGUCCGGCUCAAUAAUUGGGAAGUCACUCCUCUCCCCGUCAGGAGGGAGUUUUGUUCUCUUUAUGCUGAUUCUAAUGACAUGACAUGCAUGCGGAAUUUUCAGCCAGAUCUUAAAAUCCAAACUAAUCAGGAUGUAAUGAAGCAGGAUGGGAAAUAUGAUGAAGAAAAAACACUAGAAGAAAUAAGCAAGAUUCAAGCAUUAAUUGAUUAUAAGGAUGUUUUUGCAUGGUCUUAUGAUGAUAUGCCUGGUUUAAGCACUGAAUUAGUGGCUCACAAAUUGCCAACUGAUCCCGCAUUCCCUCCCGUCAAAUAGAAGUUGAGAAAGUUUAAAACAGAUGUAAGUAUUAAAAUCAAAGAGGAAAUCAUGAAACAACUUGAAGCCAAAGUAAUUCGAGUGGCUCGCCAUCCCAUGUGGUUAUCCAAUAUUGUUCCCGUACCAAAGAAAGAUGGCAAAAUUCGAGUGUGUGUUGAUUACCGUGAUUUGAACAAAGCCAGUCCAAAAAAUGAUUUUCCACUACCCAACAUUCAUAUUUUGUUAGACAAUUGUGCUAAACACGAGGUCGCUUCUUUUGUGGAUUGCUAUGCCGGAUAUCACCAGAUCAUUAUGGAUGAUGAAGAUGCGGAGAAGACAUCUUUUAUCACACCAUGGGGAACUUAUUGUUAUCGAGUGAUGCCGUUCGGUUUAAAGAAUGCUGGAGCAACGUACAUGAGAGCCAUGACCACUAUGUUUCAUGAUAUGAUGCAUAAGGAGAUUGAGGUCUACGUGGAUGAUGUGAUUAUUAAGUCAAAAAGUCAGGCCGACCAUGUUAAAGAUUUAAGAAAGUUCUUUGAAAGGUUUCGCAGGUAUAAUCUCAAACUCAACCCGGUAAAAUGUGUAUUUGGAGUUCCAUCUGGAAAUCUGUUGGGGUUUGUAGUCAGCCGUCGGGGAAUUGAAUUGGAUCCCUCGAAAAUCAAAGCCAUUCAGGAUUUGCCCCCGCCCAAGAAUAGAACGAAGGUGAUGAGUUUGCUUGGUAAACUGAACUACAUUAGCAGGUUUAUUGCUCAACUCACGACCACUUGUGAGCCCAUAUUCAAGUUGCUGAAAAAGAGUGCUGCGGUAAAAUGGACUGAAGAAUGUCAGGAAGCAUUUAAUCGAAUCAAAAGAUAUUUGUCCAAUCCGCCCGUGCUGGUACCCCCAGAGCCUGGUAGGCCUUUGAUCUUAUAUUUAUCAUUCAUGGACGAUUCCUUCGGUUGUGUCCUGGGUCAACAUGAUGUCACAGGCAAAAAGAAGCAGGCUAUUUAUUAUCUUAGCAAGAAGUUCACCGCAUAUGAGGCCAGGUAUACUCUUCUUGAAAAGACGUGUUGUGCCCUAACUUGGGUAGCACAGAAGUUGAAGCACUAUCUCUCAUCCUAUACUACUUAUCUCAUCUCCCGCAUGGAUCCUUUGAAGUAUAUCUUUCAGAAGCCUAUGCCAACGGGUCGAUUGGCAAAGUGGCAAAUAUUGCUUACCGAAUUUGACAUUGUAUAUGUGACUCGAACCGCCAUGAAAGCCCAAGCCUUGGCAGAUCAUCUUGCUGAGAAUACCAUCGAUGAAGAGUACGAGCCAUUAAAGACAUAUUUUCCUGACGAAGAAGUGUCGUGUAUCGAUGAAGUUGUUAUAGAUGCUGAUCCAGGUUGGAGGUUAUUCUUCGAUGCACAACUUCGAUUCUACUGUACUAACAAUAUGGCAGAGCAUGAAGUCUGCAUUCUUGGUUUGAGGUUAGCUAUUGAUAUGGGAGUCCAAGAAUUAUUGGUGUUGGGAGAUUCGGAUUUGCUCAUCCAUCAAAUUCAAGGCAAUUGGGAGAAGCGAGAUUUGAAGCUCAUCCCGUAUCGACAAUGCUUGCAGGAGCUAUGUCAACGGUUUGUGUUAGUGAAAUUUAGCCAUAUUCCAAGGAUUCAUAAUGAAAUUGCUGAUACUUUAGCCACUCUGUCUUCAAUGCUCCAACAUCCUGAUAAAACUUAUAUCGAUCCAGUGCAUAUACAGAGUCAUGAUUAGCAUGUUUACUAUAAUGCAGUUGAAGAAGAGCUCGAUGGAGAACCUUGGUUCUUAGAUAUCAAGUGGUACAUUCAGUCAGGAGAAUACCCAUCAUAUGCCACCAACGAUCAAAAGAGGGCUAUUAGGCGUUUGGCUAGCGGAUUUUUCCUAAGUGGGGGAAUCUUAUAUAAGAGAACCCCAGAUCUGGGACUUUUAAGGUAUGUAGACGCAAAAGAAGCCUCAGCAAUCAUGGUUGAAAUACAUUCUGGAGUAUGCGGGUCUCAUAUGAACAGUCAUGUCUUGUCAAAGAAGAUUCUUCGGGCAGUUACAUGCAAUGGCUGCGUUAUGGCCGUUCGUGGCUGGGGAAUGGAUGUGAUUGGACCGAUUGAACCGAAGACAUCAAAUGGGCAUAGAUUCAUUUUGGUAGCCAUUGACUACUUCACAAAGUGGGUAGAAGCAGUAACUUUCAAGUUAGUGACAAAGAAAGCGGUAGUAGAUUUUAUUCAUGCCAAUAUCAUUUGUAGAUUUGGAAUUCCUAAGAUGAUCAUUACAGACAAUGCUGCCAAUCUCAAUAGUCAUUUGAUGCAAGAAGUAUGUCAACAUUUUAAGAUCGCGCAUCGAAAUUCUACUCCAUAUCGCCAAAAGGCCAAUGGUGCUGUAGAAGCCGCCAAUAAGAAUAUAAAAAAGUUAUUAGUGUAUGGGACAGAAGUGGUCAUCCCUGCAGAAGUUGAAAUUCCCUCUCUUCGAGUCAUUGUAGAAGCAGAGAUUGAUGAUGAUGAAUGGGUAAAAACCCGGCUGGAACAUUUAAGUUUGAUUGAGAAAAAAAGGCUAACGUCUGUGUGUCAUGACCAGCUGUAUCAGAGGAGGAUGGCUCGAGCGUAUAACAAAAAGGUCCGUCCCAGGAAUUUUGAAGUUGGUCAGUUGGUAUUGAGGCGUAUCCUUCCUCACCAGGGUGAAGCGAAAGGCAAGUUCUCCCCUAACUGGCAAGGUCCCUUCGUUGUGAAGAAAGUGUUGCCCAAUGGAGCCUUAUAUUUGACAGAUAUUGAAGGCAAAAUGGCAGAAAUGGCUAUCAAUGCUGAUGCGGUCAAAAGAUACUAUGUAUGA